AUUAACACCAGAGAGAGACCAGACUCUCACUUUGACAGCGGGAAGAGUCCUUCAGCGGAACCAGACCCAGAGACGCCCAAACCAGCGAGACAACACCACUGCUUCCAAUGUGAAAAGAGAUUUUCCCGAUCAGGGGACCUCAAAGCUCAUGAGAGGACACACACAGGAGAAAAGCCUUUCCAAUGUUCCCAGUGUGGAAAGAGUUUUACCGUGUUAAAUAGCCUGAAAAGGCAUGAGAGAAUACACACAGGAGAAAAGCCAUUCCAAUGUUCCCAUUGUGGAAACAGUUUUACCCUGUUAAAUCACCUGAAAAUGCAUGAAAGAAUACACACAGGAGAAAAGCCUUUCCAAUGUUCCCAGUGUGGAAAGAGUUUUACCAUGUUAAAUAGCCUGAAAAGGCAUGAGAGAAUACACACAGGAGAAAAGCCUUAUCAAUGUUCCCAAUGUGGAAAGAGUUUUACUCAGAUAGGGCACCUAAAACAGCAUGAGAGAAUACACACAGGAGAAAAGCCUUAUCAUUGUUCCCAGUGUGAAAAGAGAUUUUCCCGAUCAGAUGACCUAAAAGCUCAUGAGUGGACACACACAGGAGAAGAGCCUUUCCAAUGUUCACAGUGUAAAAAGCGUUUUACUGUGUUAGCUAACCUGAAAAGGCAUGAAACAAUACACACAGGAGAAAAGCCUUAUCAAUGUUCCCAAUGUGGAAUUAGUUUUAUUCAGUUAGCUACCCUGAAGCAGCAUAAGAGAAUACACACAGGAGAAAAGCCAUUCCAAUGUUCCCAUUGUGGAAAGAGUUUUACUCAGAGAGGGUAUCUAAAAGUGCAUGAGAGAAUACACACAGGAGAAAAGCCUUACCACUGCUCCCAGUGUGGAAAGAGUUUUACCUGGUUAAAGAGACUGAAGGAGCAUAAGAGAACACACACGAAAAAAGCCCUACCACUGCUCUUUCCCCGUGUGGAAGGACAAUUUCCCAGUCAGAGAACCUGAAAUCACAUGAGAGAAUAGAGAGGCUGUGUUCUGACUUAUGCUUUUAACUGACAAUUUGUGUUUUUGUUUAUGCCACAUGAAAUAAUUUUGUUUAUAUGAAUUCUUACUCAAAAAUAGGCAUAUUUUAGUUUUUUCACCUCGAGGCCUGAUCAUAUCUAAAAUCAGACUAAAUACUAUAAAAUGUGUAUUUUGUUUUGGUUAUGAACUUUAAUGCAUUGGUUACAGGUAUAAACCCUCAGUUGUUCAUUAUGUUAUUUGGAUAUUGCUAAAUGUAAGUUAUUAUAUAGAUGAAUGGAACUUUGCAUUUCUUGAUUCUAACCUUGAAACCUAUAGACUUUGAUUUUAUAUAUAAGAUUAGGCUUUUGCUAAAUGAAUUUGAUUGAAAUUGAUUGGAUAUAUGAUUUGGAUAUUGCAAAAUGAAUUUGAUUACAUGAUUUGGAUAUUGCAAAAUGAAUUUGAUUACAUGAUUUGAAUAUUGCAAAAUGUAAAUGAUGAACUAGAUUCAUAGCAUGUGCAUUUCUUGAUUCUAACAUUGAAACCUUUUGAAUUGACUUGUUGUGUUUCAUUGAGUUAGUUUAGUGUCCUCAAGCUAAAGGAAUAUGAAAAUGUGAUGAUGUUGUUCUGAUAACAUUGAUAAGUUGUUGACAUGAAAAACAUUCGCUACCUCAUGAAUGUUCCCAUCAGUAUUAUUCCACCAUGUCGGAGACAACACUGGUGCUGAUUGUAAAAAUGAUUUUAUUAAUGCAGCGUAAUUUUAUCUGAAUAGACAUAAAAUCACAUGAGAGAAUAGUGAGGCUGUGUUCUGAUUUAUGUUUUUGACUGAGAAUUAAUGUUUUUGUUCAUGGCACAUGAAAUCAUAUUGUUUACGAUUAUACUUGUCUAUAUAAGGUCCCACAGUUGAUAAUGCAUGUCAGAGCAAAAACCAAGCCAUGAGGUCGAAGGAGU